AUGGACGACAAGGAGUCUUCCUCUUCAGAACGUGGCACCUUCAGCGGGGAAAUGCUUUAUCAUCUUGAUGGGACAUCACUUUGCGUGCGUACGUGCCAGGAGCUGAGCAACAACGAAAUCGUCAACAACAAUGGAGGUCAAAAGGAGUGCUGCAAAAGGCGGGAAUGUUAUGGCGAUUCUUGCUCGCAGGUGGAUAUGAAUGCUCUGAUGGCUGCUGAGUGUCUCGAGAACAGCAAGAACAUCUACUCUUUGGCGGAAGGUUUGGAUACUGCUGCGAGCUACAAAAGCGACCAUGACGACAAUGUGGGGGACCGGCAAAGUCGAGGGUCGCAUGUGGAUAUGAAUGCUCUGAUGGCUGCUGAGGGUCUCGAGAACAGCAAGAUGAUCUACUCAGUGGCUGAAGGUUUGGAUACUGCUGCGAGCUACAAAAGCGAUCAUGACGACAACACUGCCAAGCCCUGUAGUGAUGGUGAAGAGGAGCCUCAAUCAUUCGUCAUUGGAACACUCAAACUGAGUCACACGUACAAAGCAAGAGUUGCUCGUCGCGCAUCGUUCUACGUGGACAAGGAGAUGGAGAAUCCGCACGCCUACUAUACCGACUACUCCAACAGCUCUGUGGCGGCGCAAAUUGUAAAUGGGAUGAUGGCAAACGACUAG